CGUAUAAAAAGGAUUUUUUUGUAACGCUGUAACUUCCGGGCCACAUGCGUGUGAUGUCAGAGCGACCCUCCGAGGUGAGAGUCCACUGUCCCUCCCUGUGUCCUCUCCUGGUCAACAUCUGGGGGAUCUCUGCUCUGCGCGCUCCCCCCCUGCUGCUCCCGUGACCGCGCAGCGCCCUGGCUGCAGCAGCUGGACCACCAUGGACUCGUCUUCCGUCCGACACUUCCUGGUUUCCUUUUUAAUGCCCAAAAAAUGUUACGAGGAGAUCUUCGUCCACCUUCACAUGCACGUGCCGUGCCUGAAGUUUAUCCUGAACAAGAUUUUGGGAUUGUGGAUCCUGCUGGAGACUUUCCUGGCUCAGCCACCUCAGCUGCUGAAGAUACUGUGGAGAAGAAGUGCUGCCGGCAUCAGUCUGACCUCCGGCCUGCUGCAGCUUUAUGCCUUCUCAUGUCCCGUCGUGUACGCCAUGGCGCACAACUUCCCCCUCUCUGCCUACAGUGAGAGGCUCCUCACACUGGCCCAGACGGCGGCGAUUGUCUUCCUUAUCCUGCAUUAUCGAGACGAUACCCUCAGAGGAGCGCUGUUCCUCUCGGCGUACGGCGGUGUGAUAUUCCUCCUGGGCUCCUACGCGGCGGCUGCAGUCGCCUCAGCCAUGCAGGCCUCCAGUGUGGCUGCUGUAAUCGGAAGCAAGGCUCUCCAGGCUCGAAAGAACCACCACAACGGCCACACGGGCCAGCUGUCCACUCUGUCUGUGUUACUAUCGUGCGCAGGGUCUCUGGGUGUUACCGUCAUGUCUCUACAGGAGACUGGAGGCUCCUUUACUACUCUGUCACACAUGCUGUCGGCCUGUCUCAGCUGUGUCCUCGUGGCCCAGGUCCUCUGCUACAGCAGCGCUGAGACGCCACGAAGAGGAAACACAAGUAGAUGGUGGAGGACGGUGCCGAACACUAACGUCAUGCGCAGAUUCUUCCUGCAGUUCAAAAAAGGUUUUGAGCCAAAGUUAUAAUGUUAACAAAGUCUGUUCGUACAAAUAUUCCUCUUUGUUACACUCAGAUCUACUCAGAUAGAUCACUGUGAUGUUAUUUAGUCAUUUUAUACAUUUUGAAUGUUAUCUCUGCAGAUGUCUUUUUUGUGUUAUUUUAAGGGGGAGCGAAUAAAAAGAUCUUUGGUGCCCCCUGGUGAUUCAAAUGAGCAUUACUUUAUUCUGAAGGGUAAAUGGCAAUGGCAUCUCCAGAUGACCGUCAAAAUAAAACAGUCAGCUCUUUGGUGUGUUUCUCAGAGAGCUAGCUGCUUUUAAUUCAAAUACAAACUUGACUGACAGUCUAAGGGUAGGAAGAGUAAGGCAAACAUUUGCACAAGAAUUUUACUGAGUAUUUCCAAAGCACCUACAGGGUUUAUUACUGGAGAAAAAGAGCAGUCGGUCAGUAAACAUAAGCGAACGCACAAGUUUCCAUCACAUUGGGUAGAAACAUCCUGCUGAUGCCGCAUUAUGUUUACCGGAAAACAAUGUACAUGUCAGUGCCAUCAAGGUCGUUCCAGUAGGACUACUUUUCUGAUGGCUUUUAUUUUGUUUUUUUUUCUAGUAUAAAUAAUAUAUCUUCCAACCGUAUUUGAAAAAAAUUGUGACAUCUGUCAAAAAAAAAGGUAAUCAUUGAACUCAAGAGAAGGUUUCUUUUUUCAUACAUUAAUUCGGUCACCAGGUCACUGCCUGGAGCAGUGGUAAAGAGGUUUUUGGGGAUGAUUGAUAGUUAUGUUUUUUUGGUGUCACAAUACGAUCAACUAAGGGAAACUGUCAUGAAAGAGAAGUGCGGUAACUACAGUGAACCCUGUCAAAGGAGGAACUUAAAUUUCUUCCGCAGCACAAAUCACAACCUUUUCAUGAACUGACCUCUGAGCUUCAACUAAAACCAGCCACCAUGAACAAGGUGUCCAGUGUUGCUCAAUAACACUCAAGAUAUUAGCAGGAACUCUGCCAAGACUCUCUGAAUCGGACACUGCAGCUCGUGUGCACCAACAACACAUUAACCUUGUUAGUUUUGGCAACCACUUUGUUUGUUUCCAGGACACGAGAAACUAGUGACCGCUCACCAUGUGCAACAGACCGCUCUUUAUGGCUUCAACAUUCAUAUCGUAUGGAUUUUCUUACUGUCAUGCUUAUUGAACUAUAAUGUGAACUGUGAAUUUAAUGAUGCUGUGAAUUAUUAUUGUUGCUAUUACCUCUUGACGUUCAGCAAUGAAAUAAAACUUUGCCACGCAGUGACUUAUAUUUAAGUGAUAGUGAACAGAGUUAUCAGAGCCGACGCCUUCAGUCACCCUUACAUCAGGACUGUGAACGGCAACAAUCAAACAUUAUCUGUGUGUACAUAUUAAUCUUGGCUUGUUACGUACAACUGAUUCAUUUUCACACAGCUGACUUUGUGAACGACCCCCUCGAGGCACAGAGGCUUUGAAACUGCCUGUUAGCUUUGUGAGGUGCACGUGCCCCGGGCCAAACUGUAGCCGCCCUGCUAACAUGAGACACACCCAGUGUAUAAAUCCUGUAUGAGAGGCAAACUGGUCUCUACACAUCACAAUAUAUGUUUUUAGUGCAUACAAGCUGAUUAAUGGAGAACAGCCUAGA